ACCUUUCUCGGGCCUUUGGCUUGGGGCCAAGGCCUCCAGGUCCAAGUCCCAGACUCAGGGGGCGGGGCGCUGGGGGCGGGUCCCAAGGGGGCGGGGUCCUGGGGUCCUUGAAAGGCGCGGACCCGCGGGACCCACCCAGUCCCGCGCUCGUCUGCUCCCGCCCCGCCACCCGUCCCGGACCGGCGCCGCCAUGCCCAAGUGCCCCAAGUGCAACAAGGAGGUGUACUUUGCUGAGCGGGUGACCUCCCUGGGGAAGGACUGGCACCGGCCUUGCCUGAAGUGUGAGAAAUGUGGAAAGACACUGACCUCGGGGGGCCAUGCCGAGCAUGAGGGCAAGCCCUACUGCAACCACCCCUGCUACGCGGCCAUGUUCGGACCCAAAGGCUUUGGACGCGGUGGAGCCGAGAGUCACACCUUCAAGUAAACCCAGGUUUUGGAGACCUCAUCCCUGGCUGCCCGCCAGGCCACUGCCCGUCUAGGCUGAUGGCAGGCCUUCUCCACAGGCACCUGUAGACCCCGUGCCCUCAAUAAACGGAACACUCAGAA